CAGGGAGGUCAGAAAAGGCUGACACAGGACAGUGAGUAGGAAAGGUGAGGUUUCCCCUGCCAGGCACAGGGACCCAUUAGCCAGCCGUGUGUAGACAUCUCUGGCAUUCUUGUGUCAAAUGCAGAUAUGAUAUUUCCGGUUGGUCUUGAAUGUUUGCCUCAGCAGGGCCACCUUGUAGGGUGCACCAGCUAGUUAAUCUUCUAACCAGAGGGCAUGUAUGCCCACGCAGGCCCCACUCAGAGACCGUAAUUGACCAGACAACUGUCUCGCAAGCACCCUGGCCUUGAAGCUCCCAUUUGGUGAAUAGGCUUAAGCUGGAAGACUUCAGCGUCCUUGCUGUGUCUCCGGGGUCUACCUGAGUCGGAGUGUCGAGGUGGAUGGGACUCGAGCUGUUCUGUAUGCCUCCCACGGGCACCUAAGGACCAGAUCCAUCCCUGAGGACCUGGGCACUGCCCGGCACGGCUAGCGGAGCCCUCGACCAUGGCCAGCACAGCGGUCCAGCUCCUAGGCUUCCUGCUUAGCUUCCUGGGCAUGGUGGGAACGCUCAUCACUACUAUCCUGCCGCACUGGCGGAGGACGGCCCAUGUGGGCACCAACAUCCUGACGGCCGUGUCCUACCUGAAGGGACUGUGGAUGGAGUGUGUGUGGCACAGCACAGGCAUCUACCAGUGUCAGAUCUACCGCUCGCUGCUGGCGCUACCCCGGGACCUACAGGCGGCCCGGGCGCUCAUGGUCAUCUCCUGCCUGCUGUCGGGCAUGGCCUGCGCCUGCGCCGUAGUGGGCAUGAAGUGCACUCGCUGUGCCAAGGGCACACCCGCCAAGACCACCUUCGCGGUGUUGGGGGGCGCGCUCUUCCUGCUGGCAGGCCUGCUGUGCAUGGUGGCCGUGUCCUGGACCACGAACGAUGUGGUGCAGAAUUUUUACAACCCUCUGCUGCCCAGUGGCAUGAAGUUUGAGAUCGGCCAGGCCCUGUACCUGGGCUUCAUCUCCUCAUCCCUGUCUCUCAUCGGGGGCACCCUGCUCUGCCUGUCGUGCCAGGACGAGGCCCCCUACAGACCCUACCAGGCCCAGUCCAGGGCUGGGGCCACCACCACGGCCACCGCCCCUGCCUACCGCCCACCAGCAGCCUACAAGGACAACCGUGCCCCCUCGGUGACCUCAGCCGCGCACAGUGGGUACAGGUUGAAUGACUAUGUGUGAGUUCCUUCCCCAGGCUUCUGCCAGGGAUGUUGGGCCCCAAAGGACCAGUGAAGGAUGUAGAGUCCUUUGUAAACGUGGGGAAGUAAGCCUGGAACACAGGGAAGGAGGGUGCUCUUCAAAGCAAAGACUUCUAAAAAGUGCUGGUUUUGUAUUUAUUAUAUGUAUUUAUGUGGGUGGUUUAAUAAGAGCUUAAUAAAGAAUACUUGGAAGAUUGGC